CCUAUACACUUACCACCCACUAUAGUGUAACUCGCUAUAUGCUCCUCUACUGUUCUUGAGACAGGUUCUUCGAGUAUCUAGGUACGGAGGCAUCCUUACAGUAUAAACACUGGCACCGGAAGGCUGUACAAGAUGCAACCCGGCGUCUAGAUAUUGAAUAUACAGUUUCAUCGUUCUUCCGGGACUUAACGGAAAUCAGGGAAAAGACUAUGAAAAAAGAGACUAUUCAAGGUGCCUUCCGAAAGUCUGGGAUCUGGCCAUUUAAUUGCCAGAAAGCUCUUAAGAAAAUGAAGACGUAUAUGGUACCAGCGAUGGCGAUGUCAAUGGCGACAGCGAUUGAAUUACCCUGUCCUCAAACACCAGUAAGAGGUGUUCAAGCUGAGAGAUCUCUUCAAGAAAUAGCAUCAAAAAUCUCAGAGAAGAUUGAUAUAUUUAGUAGUCCUACACGCCGGAAAAUCGACUCUACAAUACGAGGGGUCCAGAACGUCCUUCUGACUGCAGAAGUCCGGGACCGGCAGUACGAAGACCUUCAUAAUAGGGUUCAAAAUCAACAGAAGUCUAGGAUUCGAGGGAAUCGGAAAGGUCUUACAAAAAGGAGGGGUCCUUACAGGAACUCAGGCACGACAGAUCCAGGAAAACAAGCGUGAAAAGGAGUAUAUGGGGCCGUGAUUCAAUUGCGUCAGAAGACGAAGAAGAUGAAGAUUCAAUUCAAGAUGCGUUUUCAUACUUGUAGUGGUAAAAUAUUUCCCAUAGUCUACGAUUCAAUUGCAAUACAAAUUGGGUGGUUGAGAAAUCUGGGG